CUAUCACAGCACUGUAGGGGAAGCCUGCGAUCAUGGCAGAGGGCGACUAGGAUCGGCACCAGCCCAGGAUCGCCUGGUUCCCCGGCUGGCACUGCCCGCACACCGUUCUCUGCCCGCUCCGGCCAUUUUGCCUCUUUCCCCUGGGAUAGCAUUGUCCUUCGAUGAGAAGAAGCGAGGGAGGCAGGGUGUCUGCAGGAUCCGGGCAUGAGGUGGACAUGGAGGAAAGAGCCUGGCCCCUCCAGCCUGAGAGGUGAGGGGGGCAUGCAGUAGGCAUCCCCGAUCCCCUGUGUGUGACUCUGCUCCCAUUGUGCUCUGCUGGAGGAGAUCGGCUCUGCAUUAGCAGCCAUGCUGCCCGGGGUCGGGGUGUUCGGCACCAGCCUCACCUCCAGGGUCAUCAUCCCUUUGCUGAAAGACGAGGGCUUCUCCGUGAAGGCUUUAUGGGGCAGGACGCAGGAGGAGGCUGAGGAGCUGGCCAAGGAGAUGAGUGUCCCCUUCUACACCAACCGCAUCGACGACGUCCUGCUGCACCAAGACGUGGACCUGGUGUGCAUCAACCUGCCCCCUCCUCUCACCAAGCAGAUCGCCGUCAAAACCCUGGGAAUUGGUAAGAACGUCAUCUGUGACAGGACAGCAACACCCCUUGAUGCCUUCCGAAUGAUGUCUGCUGCCCACUACUAUCCCAAGCUUAUGAGCAUCAUGGGAAAUGUCUUGCGAUUUCUGCCUGCUUUUGUGAAGAUGAAGCAGCUGAUUCAAGAAGGAUACGUGGGGGAACUUCAAGUCUGCGAGGUCCAGGUCCACAGUGGAAGUCUACUAGGAAAGAAAUAUAACUGGAGCUGUGAUGAUCUCAUGGGCGGCGGUGGACUACAUUCUGUCGGUAGCUACAUAAUAGACCUCUUGACUUUCCUAACCAACCAGAAAGCAGUGAAGGUCCAUGGACUCCUGAAAACCUUUGUGAAGCAGACAGACCACAUCAAUGGAAUCCGACAGAUAACCAGCGAUGAUUUCUGCACAUUUCAGAUGGUCCUUGAAGGUGGAGUGUGCUGUACGGUUACCCUCAACUUUAAUGUUCCUGGGGAUUUUAAACAAGACGUAUCAGUUGUCGGGUCAUCUGGUAGACUCAUUGUAACGGGGACAGAUCUCUAUGGACACAGAAACAACUCCUCCGAGCGAGAAUUACUUUUAAAAGACUCCACGCCCGUCAGCAACUCCCUCUUACCUGAAAAGGCUUUUAGCGACAUUCCCUCCCCAUAUCUGAGAGGGACUAUCAAAAUGGUACAGGCGGUGCGGCAAGCGUUUCAAGACCAGGAAGACAGGAGAACGUGGGAUGGCAGGCCACUGACGAUGGCGGCUACCUUCGAUGACUGUCUUUAUGCUCUUUGUGUAGUAGACACGAUAAAAAUAUCUAACCAGACUGGUGAAUGGCAGAAUAUAGUAAUUAUGACCGAGGAGCCAGAGUUAAGCCCGGCUUACUUAAUAAGCGAAGCAAUGCGCAGAAGCCGCAUGUCCUUGUACUGCUAGUAGACUUGGUCUGAUGGGGGGAUGUAUGCUGCUUUGUAGGGCGUUGACGUACCUAGGCAGGUGGUACCCGUCUAUGUUAUACUGUAACUUAAGCAUCUUUCUAUUAGUGCUGUGGUUGGAAAUGAGCUGAAUCCUCUCUUUCCGCAGCACACAAGCUGUGAACAUUUAUCAGAAUGUAUUUUAGCACAGGAUAAAUAUCCAGGAUUAUAGAACAUCAUUCGUCUUUGGGUUAUAUAGAGAAAUUGGUCUUCAUUGCACAUUUUCAAGGAUGCCGUUUUACCUGUAGAAAAUGUGAACUUCAGUUCUAUGCUAAAAGUGGUCAUCUGUGUCCUGUAUCCAGAGUGCGCUGGCGAUUACUUUAUCAGAGCACAUGGCACAAACUCUCACUUGAGCCUAGUCUAGUCUGCUGUUAGGAUGUGUACUGCUAUCUAAUUCUUUACCAUUAACGGGGGUUUCCCCCACCAAUAAUUAUCACAGUCAAUGAACAGAUCAGAAAAAGUCAACAUUUGCCAUUUACAUUUGGUAAGCAGUGAAGAGUUACAACAUUUACUUGUAUAAGGUGGCACCACCCGGUGUUCAAAUCUAAGAAUGUGGACGUCCGUUUACUGAGCCGAGUGCUGGUGGACACACAUGCUCAGUCACUCUUCCCACAGCUAGGCCUCUACAUAGUCAUCCUCUGUUCCCUGCGGAGCAGCCAAUAGUAAUAGCUUUCUUCUCCUUUUGGAGUCUCUGGAGUACCAUGGUUGUAUAGAUCAGAAGGUUCCUUCUGCAGGGGAAUUUGGAAGAGACUAUAUUAGGAGCAGCACCAAAGGGGACACAUGGAAGCGACAAAAUUCUUAGGCUACUUUCACACUCGUGUUUGGUGUGGAUCCAUCAUGGACGGAUCCAUUCAGAUAAUACAACCGUCUGCAUCCGUUCAGAACGGAUCCGUUUGUAUUAUCUGUAACAUAGCCAAAACGGAUUCGUCAUGAA